UUUCAUUAUUCGCUACAGAUGUAAAUGAAGUCAAUGACUUGAACAACUCAAACCAUAGUACUUGAAAAUGAGUCUAUACAGCUGUUAUGAAUUGAUCCAUUUUAUCAAUUACAACUUGUUAUUAUUGAUUUUAAUGCACUUCAAAUUAAUAUAUACAUUUAUUUUAGAGUUAUCUUGUUAUAUGGAAUGAAUGGAGUAUUACAGAAAUGAUAAUGAUUAGCCUAUAGUAAAUGUUGUCCAUUCAUGUACAAUUUUUAAUUGAUAACGUCAUGGAUGACCUUGACAAGCAUUAGACAUAAUAAAUUAGUCUUUCUGUUGGAACAAACAGGUCGGAAAGAAAUGUGCACUUUUUUGAUGAGAGCGUCGUUGCUACUGGUAAACUCAUUGGUUGCAAUGUCAGCCAUAGUGGUUACUGCAUUUGGUGCAAUUUUAACUUGGGGAAAAUCCGAUAUAACCAAAGUAUUAAACGAUGUUAUUGGACCACUGAUAUAUAAACUGUAUGGUGAAGAAGUGGCGCGUGAUUUUACGGGUUUGGCAUCGAAUAUAUUAAAGUUUACAAGUCCUUUUGGUCUCGUAUUCUUUAUUUUGGGUGUUGUAUCACUGGCUAUCUCUCUGUUUGGUUUCUGCGGUACAAGCUGCAAAAGCCGUGCUUGUCUUAAAACGUACAUUGGAUUACUGUUGGUUCUAGUCAUUAUUGAAAUCACAUCAAUGAGUUUCUAUUACGCUGAUCGAGAAUCAGUGUUCAAAUUAGUUCGAAGUUUGGCCAAAGAAUCCUUAACUAAAUAUCAUUCAAUCAGUUCCAAUGACACAGAUAGCAUGAUCUUGUCAGUUCUAAUGCCAACGUUGAACUGCUGUGGCUUAGUAAAUGGAUCCGAUUUCGAUGAAGCACCUAAUUUUCAAAGAAAUGUAAUUUUCAACCAACAGAGUUAUGAUCUGAAAUAUCCAAUAGCAUGCUGUAAAAUGGACUCCAGCUUUGUCAUAGUAGACCCAACAUGUCCAAGUGAAUUCAAUGAGAAGAACUCGAAUGUUAGGCAUGGUUGCUGGACUAAAUUAAGAUCGAUUCUUGGUUAUUACACAGGUAUAGCUGCUAUUGCUGGUGUUAUCGUUCUUUUAUUUCAGCUGUUGCUGGUUAUAGUUUCUUCAGUAAUCCUGACAACACGACAUCAUUUUGGAGAAAGCAAAUUUUGA